UUUAUGCAGGUUCAAUGUUCCUAGUUUGGUUCGGGCCGACGGCCCGUCUAACAGUCUCUGACCCGGCCCUCAUCAGAGAGAUUUUCAUCUUGAAAUCAGAGCUGUUUGAGAAAAAUGAGUCACCCCCACUUGUGAGGAAAAUUGAAGGUGAUGGCUUGUUGAGCCUCAAAGGAGAAAAAUGGGCUCACCACAGAAAGAUUAUUCAACCAACUUUCCACACUGAAAAUCUCAAGCUGUUGAUACCCAUGAUGGCGAAUAGCAUGGAGGCAGCACUUACGAAAUGGUCCGAGAAAAUGUCGAUUGAUGGGAAAGUGGAAAUCGAGGUUUCUAAUUGGUUCGAGAAUUUAGUCGAGGAUGUGAUUACGAGGGUGACUUUCGGAAGCAGCUACGAAGAUGGGCGGGCCAUUUUCGAGCUGCAGUCCCAGCAAAUGGUCCAUGCCACCGAGGCUUAUCAGAAAGUGUUCAUCCCUGGUUAUAGAUUUUUGCCGACGAGAAAGAACAGAAUAUCUUGGAGACUGGAAAAGGAAAUUCGAAAGUCGCUACUAAAGCUUAUUGAGCAUCGAACAAAAUCGUGGCCUCAAUUUGACAUGUCAGAUGAAUGUCCUAACGAUUUAUUAGAACUCAUGAUAAAAAGCAGCAACAUCUCAAAUCAUAAUUAUCAUGAGAAAUCGUCGUCAUCAUCCAUAACACCUAACGAUGUCGUGGAGGAGUGUAAGACCAUUUUCUUCGCCGGCAAGCACACCACCUCCAACCUGCUUACGUGGACGACGGUAUUGUUGGCCAUGCACCCUUAUUGGCAGGACCAGGCACGUGAGGAGGUUCUCAGAGUGUGUGGUGCACGUGACAUCCCGACUAAAGAUGAUCUCCCCAAAUUUAAAAUGCUUGGCAUGAUUCUGAAUGAAUCCCUCAGGCUAUACCCGCCGGCCGUGGCCAUAAUCCGGCGUGCUAAGGUAGACACACUUGUUGGCGGUGGGCUUCACAUCCCGCGUGGCACGGAGCUCCUCAUCCCGAUCCUGGCCGUCCAUCACGACCCGACCCUAUGGCGCCACGACCCGCACGAGUUCAACCCGGCCCGGUUCGUGAAAGGGGUGGCCCAUGCAGCCAAGCACCCGAUGGCCUUCAUGCCGUUUGGCGUUGGGGCCCGUAGGUGCGUGGGCCAGAACUUGGCUGUCCUGCAGGCCAGGCUGGCAGUUGCUAUGAUCAUCCAGCGGUUCUCGUUUGAGCUGGCGCCGACCUAUCAGCACGCGCCAUCUAUUCUCAUGCUCCUGCACCCGCAACACGGCGCGCCAAUUGUGUUUAGGAAAUUGUAGUAGAGUGAUGGUGCAAGUCAUGAAGGGUGACAAUUGAAAGUUGAGAAGAAAUAUGGGUUUGAUUGUGGUAUAUUAUGGGGUUC